CCGUCCGUCGCGGGGCGUGGACGCCCGCCGCGCUCCUGCCGGGGCAGCCACGUUCGGUUGAGCUCCAAGUAGACCAGCGGCGGCGGCGGCAGCGGCAGCGGUGCUGAAGGCGCAGAGGGCGGCGCAGGCGGAGCCGGUCGGCGGGCGCGCGGGCCACGAGCAAGCGAGCGAGCGAGCUGCAGGCUUCGGGCGGGCGGCGGCACAGCUCAGGCCGAGCCGGCGCGGGAGGAGUUCCAAGGCGAUGGGGCCGCGGCCGGGGCUGACGCUUUGACAGCUGGAAAGAGCGCGGAGCCAGCGCCGGGGAGGGAGGGAGCGCGGCGAGCGGAGCACGAGCGAGCGGGCGAUCGCCGGGAGGGGGCCGGGAGCAGGGCAGCUCGGGAGACCGGACGGUAGCGGCGGCGGCGGCGGCGGGCUCGGCGCCCUCUUCUCUGCAAGCCAUGUUUGCCAAAGGCAAAGGCUCGGCGGUGCCCUCGGACGGGCAGGCUCGGGAAAAGUUAGCUUUAUACGUCUACGAAUAUUUACUGCACGUAGGAGCACAGAAAUCUGCACAGACCUUCUUAUCGGAGAUUCGAUGGGAGAAAAACAUCACGUUGGGAGAGCCUCCUGGGUUUCUGCACUCGUGGUGGUGUGUAUUUUGGGACCUUUACUGUGCAGCCCCUGAAAGGAGAGACACUUGUGAACAUUCAAGUGAAGCAAAAGCCUUUCAUGAUUAUAGUGCAGCAGCUGCCCCAAGCCCCGUGCUUGGCAACAUUCCCCCCAAUGAUGGGAUGCCCGGAGGCCCCAUCCCGCCAGGUUUCUUUCAGGGUCCUCCGGGGUCACAGCCCUCGCCGCACGCACAGCCUCCACCUCACAAUCCCAGCAGCAUGAUGGGACCCCACAGUCAGCCUUUUAUGUCACCGCGAUAUGCAGGCGGCCCCAGGCCUCCGAUCAGAAUGGGAAACCAGCCUCCAGGAGGAGUUCCUGGGACACAGCCAUUGCUGCCCAAUUCCAUGGAUCCCACACGACAGCAAGGUCACCCCAACAUGGGAGGGUCAAUGCAGCGAAUGAACCCUCCCCGAGGCAUGGGGCCCAUGGGGCCUGGCCCACAGAAUUACGGCAGCGGCAUGAGACCACCACCCAACUCCCUCGGCCCCGCCAUGCCUGGGAUUAACAUGGGCCCAGGAGCUGGCAGACCCUGGCCCAAUCCCAACAGUGCUAACUCAAUCCCGUACUCCUCUUCAUCACCCGGUACCUACGUGGGACCCCCUGGUGGUGGCGGCCCUCCAGGGACCCCCAUCAUGCCUAGUCCUGCAGAUUCAACAAAUUCCAGUGACAACAUCUACACAAUGAUUAAUCCUGUGCCGCCUGGAGGCAGCCGGUCCAACUUUCCAAUGGGUCCUGGCUCAGAUGGCCCAAUGGGCGGCAUGGGCGGCAUGGAGCCACACCACAUGAACGGAUCCUUAGGAUCAGGAGACAUAGAUGGACUUCCAAAAAAUUCUCCUAACAACAUAAGUGGCAUUAGCAAUCCUCCAGGCACCCCUCGAGAUGACGGCGAGCUGGGAGGGAACUUCCUCCACUCCUUCCAGAACGACAAUUAUUCUCCAAGCAUGACAAUGAGUGUGUGACCCCGAUGAGUGUGUGACCCCCUCUCCAAGACGCCGAGAGCCGGCAUUGCAGGCAGAAGAUGCCAGAAGUUAUGCAAGAAGUGAGGUGUCGAUACCAGGAGCUGGGGGAGGGUGUCUCCUGCUCCCCUCCACCCCUCCCAUCCACUCCCCGACCUUUCCCAAUUUUAGUUACAUGCAAUAAAAAGGCCAAACUUUUUAUUCCGUAAAACAUGAAGGACAGAGCUCAAAAUGUAUUUCAAGUCAACAACCAGAAAAAUCCACCCUCUCCUCGCCCUAAAGGACCUUUCUGUACAUGACACUUUUUGUUGGGUUUUUUGUUUGUUUGUUUGUUUGGGAUUUUACCGUUGCUGGGAUUUUUAAUUUGUUUUUUGGGGGGUUUCCUUUUGGGUAAAAAAAAAUUUUUUUAAUGGAAGCUUCUAGCAAGCCCUGUACCCCCACCCCACCCAACCUUUUUGCUUUCUUCUUUAAAAAAAAAAAAAAAAAAGGAACAAAAAAAAAGGAAAAAGAAAAAAGGCAAAAAAAAAAAGGAAGAAAACCCCUCAAGCCCUUCCAUCUGUCCCCAAGUCCUGCCACCAGAAAAGCUAGUCUAGGUGUGCGAUGUCACGCUGACGUUGUAGCCAUCUAAAAAAAAAAUAAUAAUAAACUGGACAGUUUACAAUCGAUGGUUUCUUUCAAAAGCUGUUUGGGGCAAAGGAACAGAAGUCAACCCUUUCCACAUGGGCCUUUGGGGUUUGCACUGGGCAAGGAAAUGCAGGUGUCUGCUUUGCUCUGGCUGGCCAUCACAUCACAUCGGCACCCCUGCCCUCAACCUAUGGCCAGAAAGCCCAGAGUCCCCAGCCUGCUGUUGCCUGACAGAGACCAUCGCUGUGACCCAGCGUGCACCACUCUUCCAGGACGGCUGCCUCUUCUUCAGACCUCUCGUGCCCAGCCACUGGGGCCUCCAGCCCCUCAGUCCCCACCAUCUCCUGGCAAGAAUCCUGCUGGCUGGGUAGGGAAGGCCCCACCAACGGGAUGGCUACGAUCUGGGGCAUGGAACUGACCUCCACGUUCAGGUCCCCAGAUCCUCACAUGGUGUGCACAGGCAGGGCGGGCUGAAGUGGUUUUCUUUUUUUUCUCCUCUUUGUCCUUUUUCAAAGAUGGGUAUUGGUUAGAAUCGCUCUGUAUUUGCUUGGAACUGGAUGGACAGACUUCGGCAUCGCUGUGGGGGUGGGGGGAGCACCAGCAACCAGACAGACAAUGUUUCCGGUCCUGUUUUUAUUUUCAAAAAACCGACAAACCUGAUGGUGGAACCACCCCCUCCUAGGAGGGGUAACUUGGCUGCCCUGGCCUCGCCCCGUGGCAACCUUUGUGUCUUGCCCUGAAGACACUGAAUUCUUUGUACAUUUACACCCCCCUCGUGCCCACCCACCCUUGUAGCUGGUCUUUGUUUUCUUACCUCCCCUUUCUGACCCAUGUAUAUCAUAUUAUGUGAGAUACCAUCUGCCUGAAAAAAGACCUUGUACGGAUUCUUGGGAACAUUGUAGCUGUUUCUGUGUUUUUUCUUACCUUGUAGUCUGGUUCUGAAUUAUGAGAGGAAAAAAAAGUAAUUAUGAUACAUUGUAGUUUGUGUACGAUAUAUGUUGAUAACGUUUUAUUAAAGGGACAUCUUUUUUCCGCAGC